UCAGAAACCACGCUGAAUAUCCGCUGUCGGUUGAUAUGUAAACAUAAAGGCUUCGAUUGCACUUGAAAGUGAGAUAUUAUAGUUCCGUUAGACGAUAAGAAAGUUUCCAGAUAUGCGUUGACUAACCGUUGCCCUUGAUCUACUAGAAGCGGAAAACCAUUGUAAGCAUCUUCUAUUUAGUAACUUGGAUAUGCAUAUACUGCUGUCAGAUGCAAUUGGAAACUAUGGAAGUAAAUGAACGAGUAGUUAGUCCGUUGAAAAAUUUGAAGGAACUUUAUAACAAAAUAGAUUCUCUUGUAUAUUGGCCAGGAAUUUUUGAUUUAUGUAAAUCGACGGAUUAUGUUUAUCAAGGUAAUGACAUCGAUGCCUAUAUCGAUAAUCCAAAAAGACUGCAAAGGAAUAAUGUGCCGAAAACAAUUGUAUGCCAUGACUUAAAGGGUGGUUACCUCGAAGAUAAAUAUAUAGAUGGAUCGAAUGAAUAUAAUUCUUAUCACUUCUAUCAUUGGAAUAUUGUUGAUACAUUUAUAUACUUUAGCCAUUAUUUUGUAACUAUACCACCGUUUGGCUGGAUUAAUGCAGCGCAUAGGCACGGUGUUAAAAUCUUAGGUACUUUAAUUACAGAGAGUGCGCAAGGAAAAGAAAUUUGGGAUGAAAUUUUUAAAAGCAGAAACAGUGUGGUCAAAUUUGCAGAUGCUUUAAUAAAAAUUGCUCAGUUUUAUAAAUUUGAAGGCUGGCUGCUGAAUAUUGAGAAUGAAAUCAACGAGAACAAUAUUACCCAACUUGUAUUUUUUGUCCAAUAUUUGACGGAGAAUAUUCAUAAAAAAAUAGAUAACUCUGAAAUCAUCUGGUAUGACAGUGUAAUAAAUACAGGAAGAUUAAGUUGGCAAAAUGAGCUUAAUGAAAAGAACGAAUGUUUUUUCAAUAGUUGCGAUGGAAUAUUCUUGAAUUAUACAUGGACCGAUUCAGGUCUAAUAGAAAGUGUUAUUAGAGCAAAUAAACAAAAUAGAAUUAAGGAUAUUUAUGUUGGCCUAGAUGUUUGGGGAAGAGGUUGUCCAGGUGGAGGAGGUUUUAACUCUGCCCAUGCUUUACAAAGAAUACGAGAGCAGGGUCUUUCCGUUGCCAUAUUUGCUCCAGCCUGGACAUACGAAUAUUUUGGACCAAAAACAUUUCCAAGAGUUGAAAACGUAUUUUGGGCUCAACUCAUGCAAUAUCUGUACAUUCAUGUGUGUACGUACGAUAAUGAACGUUUUAUAACUACUUUUUGUCGAGGAGCUGGGAAGAAAUAUUAUGAAUAUGGCAAGCAAAUAACAUAUAAAGAUCCAACUACGAAUAAUGUAAUAGAGAGAAAUAGUUCAUUCUACAAUAUGGCAAUGCAAAAGCAUCAAGUUAUAUUAACUUGUCCGCAUUUAAAAUUUAUUUCUAUGAAUAUAUUACCACCCGCACGAAGGAACGAUCAAUCAAAAAAGCUAGAAACACAAAAGUGUACUUAUGAAACUUUGCAUGAAAAAAUCAAGGUCUUGGAUAAUGAAAUUAUAUUUGAAGACAAGGCUGAUUCAUUCGCUGGAAUAAAUUGUACACAAUUCACUUAUGAUAUUUCAUACGAAGGUGGAGGCUGUAUAAAAUUACUAAGUAAAAAUAUAAGAUCUUACCACAGGUUGUUCUUUGUACAUGUGAAAUUUUCAAAAGAUAUUCAAGCGCGUAUUAUUUAUCGUUAUUAUGAUGAAGAAUCAUCCGAAUCUAAUGUUCAAAAUAGCCCAGUAUUAUUAUUACGUAAUAAUGUAGGAGUUAAAUCAUUUGUACCUACGGAAACAGUUCAAUAUGGAUUAGAAUGGAAAAUGAGUAUUUUUCAGACGAACGUUAAGUUUACCCAUGAGAUUGGCGUGGCAUUGACACGCAUAGGAAGCUGCUACAUAGGAAAAAUCGUUCUCGAGCCAACCACCUCUCGUCUUACCUAAUUUAUAAGUUGUCCCACAU